AUGUUGUCGAAAGAGAAGCCUGCUAAUCCAGCAGAAGCACAACAGGAACCAUCCGUUCAAGCAGGUCAAAAACGAAAGAAUAAUAACAACAAGAGCGGUGGUGGUGGCCAGUCCAAGUCGGCAAAGAAGCGCUUCAAGACCACCAAAGAACGCAGAGACCAUUUUCAAAAGAACAAUGCUUGGUCAGCGAAGGACAAUCAAGAAAAACCAGAGGCAGAUGGUGAUAAAGAGCCACGUUUGCCAAAGAAAAAAGUGGCGUUGCUCAUUGGGUUCAAUGGAACUGGUUAUCAGGGAAUGCAACUUAACCCUAAUGCCAAAACCAUCGAAGACGAUAUCUUUCAAGCCUUGUGCAAAGCAGGUGCGAUUUCUAAAGCCAAUGCAGAUGAUCCCAAGAAGAGUGCUUGGAUGAGAGCCGCACGAACGGAUAAAGGUGUCCACGCUGCCGGAAACGUGCUGUCACUGAAAAUGAGCACUCCGGGCGACGACGUUGUCAAAGAGAUCAACUCGCAUUUGCCGGACCAGAUCCGGGUUUGGGGCUACGUUGUUACAAAGCGGUCAUUUCACGCCAAAACAGGAUGCGACUCCCGUAUUUACGAAUAUUUGCUCCCCUCAUACGCUUUCAUGGCUCCAUCGCCAAAGGAAUUGAAGAAGGAGCAGGAACACGAAGAUGAUUUGAAGCUUGUUUAUGGCAAUGAGGUUUUCUAUUUACCUCGCAGCACCCCUGAAGAGAUCAAGGCAAAGGAAGCAUAUCGCAUUAACGAAGAGGAUCUUGCCAGUUUCAGAGAAGCUAUGGGCAUGUACCAAGGAACGCAUAAUUUCCAUAACUACACGAUCGGCCGUGGUGCUUUGGAUAAGAGCUGCCUCCGUUACAUCAUGAGUACGAAGGUCGAAGAUCCUAUUUACAUUGAUGGCGUCGAAUGGUUGAGCGUAAAGUUGCAUGGACAAUCCUUUAUGCUGCACCAAAUCCGAAAGAUGAUUUCCAUGGCAUUAUUAGCCGUUCGCUCCCGCACACCGCUGAAAAUCAUUGAAAACUCCUUUGGUGAUGAUCGAAUCAAUAUCCCCAAGGCACCGGCUCUCGGCUUACUGCUGGAGCGUCCCAUUUUUGGCUCAUACAACCGACAUGCACAAAAUGAAAAGAAAGGACAAACAUACCGCGAUGAAAUUGAUUUUGAACCAUACAGAAAAACCAUCGACGCCUUCAAGGCUGAAUGGAUCUACAAGAAGCUUUUCGAAGAAGAGCGAGAAAACGCGUUGUUUGAUGAAUUUAUAUCACACAUUGAUUCUGCCAUUGGCCCUGAUUAUUCAUAUCUGAAUAGUGAAGGAACCAUACCCAAGGAAGCACUUAUUACUACCAAAUUCACCGCGAAGCCCGCACCAGCCGAUGACGAUGACGAUGCAUAA